AUGGAAAAUUUCGAAACAAAAUUAAAAAAAUUAAAUUUAGACCUUGAAUGCCCAGAAAAUAUUUUAUUAGCAAAUGAGAUUCUUAUAAAAAUUCAUUUAUUUAACGAUUUUCAACGUUAUCUUCCUGAAUUACGAAUCUGCCAAGAACGAAUCAAUAAAAAUUUCUAUAAAGCAAUACAAAAACAAUUAGAACCUAUUUCUAAAAGAUAUAAUUUAUCAGAAAAAAGUCUUGAUUAUUUAAAAACUGAAUUAAAUCAAUUGAAACAAAUUGAAAUCAAUUAUGAUAAUUUAUAUCCACCCAUUUAUUUUUUAAAGCAAGCUGGUUAUUCCAAUAUUAAUGAAUUAAAUGAAGAAAUGAAUAAUAUAAAAAUUCAAAAUAGAAAACAAAUUCAAGAAAUUCAAUUCGAAAAAAAUCAAUUAGAUGUUCAAAUAAAAGAACUUCAGUUAAUAAUUGAACAAUAUGAACAAUCAAUUCUUCUAAAAUUUUCAAAAAACUUUUUUGGUCAUAUUUUAAAUAAAUUAACAACUGGAUCUGAGAAAAAUGAUUUUUUAAAAGAAAAAGGUUAUUCAAAUAUCAAUAUUGUGAAAGAUAAACUUGAAAUAUAUCAAAAUAAUUUGGAUAAAAUUAAUCAAACAAGUUUUGAUCAACAUUCAAUAAAUCCUCAAACGAUUAAAGAUGAAUAUACUCAAUUAACUGAUAAACACGAGUCAAUGCUUUUAAAAAAUAAAAUCAAUGAAAAUUAUGAAGAUUUUCAAAAAAAAUUAGAUAUUAUCCAAUCAUUGAUAUGUUUAGAUGAAUUCUUUAGUAAACCACCUGAAAAUAAUAAAUUUUGGAAUUUAUUUAAAGAAUCUCAAUCAGAUUUUCUUAAAAUACCUGAACAAACACACAGAACAAUAUUAGAUGCUAUUUCAAAACAAGAUUUUAAUUUAAUUAAUUCUAAACUUUCAUCUAUUGAAAUAUUUUCAAAAUCAAAAUAUAUUUUUCUUAUUAAAACUAGUUUGGAAAAUAUUGUACGAUCAACUAUCAAAGAUACAAAAAAUUAUGCAAAUUCAUUAAACGAAAAUAUUCGAUACGAACAAAAUAAGGAAAAUAUUCGAAAAUAUAUUGAAAAUCAUGAAAGAAUUCAAAUUAUUCUGCAACAAGCAAACAUUUUAAAUUUCAUCGAUAAAAAUAUUCGAUUUUCAUUAGAAAAUUUAUUCGAUGAAAUUGAGAAAAUUUUAAUGAAAAAAAUUGACGAUAUCUUACAAUCGAUAGACGACUUUUUCAAUCAAAAUAAUUAUCUUUUCAUCGAAAAAACAAUGGAAUAUUUAAUUGAUUUAUUAAAAGAAUUGGAUGAUUAUUAUAAAUUUGAAUCAAGUCAAGAGAAGAUUUAUCAAAUGAAAAUACGAAUUUCUCAAUUACCGAACGAAAUUUUACAAAAAUAUGAUUUUAUUGAUUUAAACAAAUAUAUAAACGAUUCACCAAAAGAUGUCUGUGAACAAUUAAAACUUGUUUCAGCAAAUGGUUAUUCCAAAUAUAGACAAAUUUAUCGACAAGUUAUACAAAAACUGCGAACAAAUUUUUCUUCGGAAAUAAAUUAUGUUAAAAAUAAUACGAGUUCUAAUCGAUCAAUGAAAUUGACUACAAUAAGAGAUGCUUUUUAUUAUUUACCAGAAGAAUUACAAAACAUUUUUCAAAGUGAUAUUAAAGAAAUUAAUGAAAUGAUUAUAAAAGAAGUUUACGUGCCUGAUUUUUAUUAG